AUGGCAAUCUACAACAUUUCUGAUUCCGGCAGCGAUGGGAUUAGAAACUUUUGUUCUGAUGACUUUUCUAGUCCGGAUGAUAUGUUUCUUCCAGACGAUUUUCGUCUCGAUGACUCUGACGGCGAGGAAGACUGGACUCCAAGAUUCAUAAAAAGACCUCGCCUGGAUCAGGGCAACGAUCAAACCCAAGGUAACAGCCAAAUUCAAGGCAACGAUCAAAUUCAAGGCAAAGAUCAACUGCAUCUGUUUUCUGAGGAAGUUGAUGCCUCCCGCUUUAAAGAUUACGAUACCAAUGACGAUGGUUAUAUACCCGAAGAUCACGAUCAGGAUCACGAAGACACUGUCGAUACUCCCGCCCAACCUCCAUCACCUUCUUUAAUUCUUGAGAAUGAAAGGAACCUUGAAGAAAAAAAGAACAAAGCUUGCGAAAAGCGCCAGAAAAAGUUAGGGCAGUUGGCUGAUGAUUGGAACACCAAACUCGAAAGUGUUGAGGCUGCCUUUUUCGAGUCAAUGCAGGGAGGAUUUCCCAAAGCUGAAGCAGUUGAGGUUGAGGCACCUGCUGUUUUGUGUGAAGACCAUGAAGUUAAAUUUCAGGAAGUGAAAUUAUACUUCUUUCACCGCCAUCUCAAGGUGAAAUUUCAAGAGUGCGAUUGCAAGCCUCUUUGGAAAACUUUAAUACUCUUGCAAUUCAUGCCUAGCAGCAUUAGACAACCAUUGUGUGCUGUACACUUUGGCUUCUUGCAAGCCAUUCACGACCGUAAGGUAUUCGCUCAGGACUCAAUCAUGUCCUGGGUCAAGUGGAUGAACUUUCAGAAUUCUAAAAGAGCUGCUAGUGGAUCUGGCGAGGAGUUGCAGCCACUUGAACAAGUUGUGUUAAAUGAGUGUUAUCUCAUUUACUGUACACUAUUGCUGUCUAUUGAAAGCACUUGA